AUGGCGACUAGCAGAAUGCCCUAUAGCAAUAGCCAGCACCCACCUCGCUACUCGACGCUCUCUCUCAACUCUGUUGCGACGCUCCCGCUUUACCCCGCCGCGGAUUAUGACAUUGCAGACUCUACCCUUGCAUCCAGUGUUCAGGACUCGUACCGCCAACAUGAGUACCACCUUUACCAGGAUAGUCGCCCAUGGGCUACCCUACGGCUCGUCAGCAAAUCGACUUCUAAGUCCAACUGCCCUCGGUAUAUCACAGGCGAUGAUGUUACUGGGACUGUCGAACUUGACCUGCCGGAACCGCAGGCGAUUUCGUCCGUGAAAGUCCUGUUGAAAGGGCAUCUGGUAACGAGCUCGUUAUCGACUGAUACAUUCCAGUUUGUGGAGCAUAGUGUUGUUGUCUGGGAAAAGGGACAUGCCAUGAAUCAGGGCAAGGCUCCGGAGUCGACGAGCAAUGGGAAGCUCCAUGGUCGCUUUGAAUGGCCAUUCUCAUUUCCGUUCCCUACGGAAUACCCUCGACACGGCCCCUCAAAGUCAAAGGGCAGUUCAUCUAUUGAAUCUACGACUGAUACAAUCCCAACACCCCAAACCCUUAUCGAGAAAACUGCGAACAUUGCAGUUGUAUAUGAGGUCGUUUUGAGGAUUGUUUCCGGGGUGUUUCGAAGGAGGUACAAACUUCACGUGGACGUUCUUUACGUCCCCGCCAUCAGGUCUCUACCGAUGUCGACGAGCCGCAAGGACGCCUACCUUCGGGGCGCACAUCUACCCGGGCCAGUAGAGGAUAUGGAAGGUUGGACCGAGGUUCCUUCUGCCAGAUUCACUUUGGUGCGAAGGCAAGUGGAAACCGGUGCUUCGGCUCGUUCAGGCCUUAUUGCAGUGCCGGUUAACUGCCAGCUUUACAUCGCCCAUCCAGCCGCAUACGCAAAGGGGACCACUAUACCCUGCUACCUUGUUUGCACAUCCGACUCAGAUGAGAUUGAUUUGGUGAAGGACUUCACGACCCGGCAGUGCCUCGCAAUGGAGCUGCGACAGUCGUGGAUAUACACUCGGGAUGCCCAGCAUGCUCGCAGCGUGGACGUCCCCGAAAUCACUCGUUCUGGUAAAGCGAAUCCGAAUGUAAAUCAGGUGGUGGCUAGGGUGGGAGAGGCCGUUUGGUGGACCCCGGUCCAUGGCGGGUACGCAGAUAGGAGGAGGGGUGUCGAGACACGAUUGGAGGGCGAAAUACACUUGGAACGAGAUCUGUUCCCAUCCUGCGAGACUAGCUUUCUUUGUGUCCAGUACAACAUUUCAAUUGCACUUCGCGAUUCGCAAGACUUCGUUGUCAAGAAUAUUGAGACUUCUGAGGGCGUCUCGUCUUCAACAGCGACGUCCAAUAGGACGUGCUUAGGAACUUAUCCUGUCAAGAUAACGACCCUUGGUCAUAUGGACGACCCCCUUCCUACUUGCUUCACCCCACGGCAUGCAGGACGCAGGUCUCGAAAAGGAUACGAACAAAUUUCAGAUGUCCAUUUCCUGAGCGCUUCUCCCCUUGAUGUUCGCUGA